AUUAUUUGUAUUUGAAUGCAUUUUAUUUAUCUACUGAUUGGGCAGAUAAAAACCUACACCUAACCUAAGUAGAUAAUUUGAGUAUAAAAGGAGAUUUAUUAAAUUAAUUAAUAUAGUCAAUCUCGAAAAACAAACAAACCAACAUGAACGCAUGGGUGUCAGCAGUCUUGGUCGCAGUGUGCGUUGCGAGCGCGCUGGGCCGCAGCCCCGGAGAGCAUGCUGCAGUGGCACAUAGUCCGUCUGAACAAGCCGCAGAGCCGGAUAGUCCCUGGGAGCAAGCCGCGGUGCCGGAUAGUCCCUGGGAGCAACCGGCAGAGCCGGAUAGUCCCUCGGAGCAGCUCUUGCUGCCGGGUGCGCUCUGGCCCUCUGCUCCAGUGGAGGCGCUGGACUGGCUGCCCAACGGCUGCCCGGCGCGCGGCGACGUGCCCUGGCUGCUGCCCGGCUGGUUCUGCCACCAGUAUUGGGCCUGCAGUCACGGGAACAAAAUCCCCAUGCUCUGUCCGCGAGGGUUGCACUUCAACCGUUUCCUACAGGUGUGCGAUUAUCCGGAGAGGGCUGGCUGUGGGGUCAUAGUAGCACCGUAGCUACGUAUUUAAUUAUUAAUUAACUAAAUAACUUACAUACUUAAAUACAUAUAUUAUCUACUGUAAGUUCUAAUUCUUUCCAUGUAGUUUCUAACCUGUAAGAGCUUCAGAUAUUACAAAAUUUUAUAUAAGUACCUACAUAGUUAACAUUAUUAUAAAAUUGCCUUUUCUGAUUUAUCCUUCAGAUAUUUUAUA